AGGCAGGCCCUACGGUCGCUGUGUUGACGACUUUCUUCGUUGACUUCUCUGCAUCCAGAGACUGAAACUCGGAUCGGGAGGUACACUGCUUCGACCAGUUCAGGAGAAACUGCAUUGCGGUCAAGAAUCUGUUACUUUUUUAGGAAUUGCAAGAGGGUGACGGCCGAGCCAGUCGGUUCCACUGAACACUCAGCGAAAACAAUUCAGACAGGAAAUGGAGCCUCGCGAAUAAAAAACCGCGGUCAUGACGGGGCAUUUUCCCGUUUCCUAUAUUCAGUGGCCAAGGGUGGUGCGGAGACACUCACCAUCAGCUUGCAGAAACGUGCACGACAACUUUCCGGGCGCCUGCUCAUUGACAGACCUUGCGAAACAGGCUGGCAAGCUGUCGAUUGUUUCUACUGACACAAAGAGAACAGAAGUUUCCUUUCAGCUGAAGACGAACAUCCGCAGUUCUUGUGGUUUCUUCGAAUGUGCAGUUGGUUUACUUUCGAGGCAACUGGGAGUCUUUCUGCGUCUGCCCGAACUCCAGUCUUGGCGCUUAAGAAACGUCUGCUGCGGUGUCGCGUUUUUGACAUAUUCAUCCUCAGGUGGCGGGCGCUCGACGUCGUCGCCAUUCUGUCGGAAGUCUUUCCGAGGUUCGCUGAAUUGUUUUCCGGAAAACUGCUGCCGCGCCAAGAGCCUGUCUCUAUUUGUGAAGAAAUAUCUUUUCGCGGGAGGUCUUUCAGAGGUCUCAAGCAGUGUGCUCGUCAAGACGGGGGAAAAAUCGUGCAGCCAGCGCACCCAGCCGGUUUUGCGCGCGUCGGUCUGCGGCUUUCCUCUUUUUGCGGCUUGGCUGUUUGCGUUUUUUCUUUCCCUAAUGCAUAUUUGCUGGACACGGAAGUCGACGCUACCCAACACACGCCAACAGGAGCUACCGGAAGAACGAGGGAAGCAAGAUAA